UGCGCCCUUUCCCCGUGCGCAGUUCCAAGCUGCAAGAACCCUGCAGAGCGUAUACAAUGUUCUCUAUGCACGCGUAGCGAUGGAUACCCAGUUCUUAGAUACAGUGAUGGGCGCUGAGGAGGGCGUGGGGAAGGCGGAUGAGUUUACUGGGACGCUGUGGAGGGGGUGGAAGAAUAUCAGGGAGCAUGGCGUGGUACAACCGUUACACCUCGGCCUAUUUAGAUCCGAUUAUCUCUUGCACGCUGCGGACGAUAGACUUGCGCUGAAGCAAGUCGAGUUUAAUACCAUCUCUUCGUCUUUUGGUCCGCUUUCUGAGCGUGCGGCUGCUAUGCAUAGACAUAUCCUGGCGUCUACCUCCUACUUCUCUGCAUCCUCAUACCUGACUGCAGGUAAUUUCCCAGAGAACAGCACCACCUCUGGACUGGCUGAAGGUCUCGCCAAAGCUCACGGAGCAUACGGCCUCCCAGACGCACGCAUCCUAUUCGUUGUCCAACCCAAUGAACGUAACGUCUUCGACCAACGCUGGCUAGAAUACGAAUUACUGGAAAAACAUCAAAUCCACAUCAUCCGUCAAACCCUCUCCGAGCUCGCCACCUCCGCAUCCCUCGACCCCAGCACGCAAGCCCUUACCAUAACCCUUCCCAACACAACCCACUCAAGAUAUCAAAUCUCGACAAUUUACUUCCGGGCAUCAUACACCCCGUCUGAUUUCCCCACGCCUUCUUACUACGAGACGCGUUUCCUCCUUGAGCGCAGUCGCGCCAUCAAAUGUCCUUCCCUUCCACUCCAACUAGCAGGCGGGAAGAAAGUCCAAGAAGCACUCACCCGUCCUGGGGUGCUCGAACGUUUUCUCAGUAACGAAGGCUCGAGAUGGGGUACAAGCGCUCUUGAUCUCACAACACACGCAGCAGAUAUCCGCAGUACCUGGAUGGGGAUGUGGGCGCUCGACUCGGAGGAUGCUGAUAUCGUCGCUGCACUCCCAGCUCCAGAACAAGGUCAAGGAAGCACACCCCCAGGCACCCAUCUCGCACACCUCAAAGCCCCCUCGCUCGUACUCAAACCCCAACGCGAGGGAGGUGGGAACAACGUCUACCGCGACGCCAUCCCUGCGUUCUUAGAUGCUUUACCAGCUGAAGAACGCGAAGCAUGGAUCGCGAUGGAGAUGAUCGAGACGCCGCGUGGGGUAGGGGGAUACCUCGUACGCGCCGCGGCAUCCCCUUUGAGUUCAGAUGAGAAUGCAGGGAAGAAAGUCAUUCGCACAGAAGUCAUUUCCGAGCUAGGCAUCUUUGGAUACGCCUUGUUCGGAGAGGAAGAGGUGGUGGAGAGGGAAGUGGGGUGGCUUGUGAGAACGAAGGGGACGGAGAGUAAUGAGGGUGGAGUUGCUGCUGGGUUUUCGGUGUUGGAUAGUGUGGUGCUUGUUUGAUGUGGUUGUCGUUUGUAAAAUGGAAAUUCUGAAGUUAACCACUGUGUACCGUUUGAC